CAAUGCGGUCGGCUGCAGGGUUGUAUUUCGUGUAUUUCGAGAAACUUAAGAGGAAGAGGCUGCUUGUUUGCUGAUCAGAGUUACAUUCGUCACGAGGGAGCGCAGCUGGACGUACAGUAGCGUUUAUAUGACGGUGAUGUCACGCCGACUGACUUCCUAGAUUGCAUUUAGAAUUUGGCAAACAGAUCACUCCAGUUUACCCCUUCUCCUUUCACCGUGCUGUUGCUGGUGUCGUGGAUCAGCUUGGUUUCUGUGUGCAGGCAAAUGUACUGGAACACAAGGAGGAAGAGUAAACAAAACCAGGGGGGAGCUGGUCGUUCAGUUGUCUGUGGUCGCCUUCACACAGUUUAUGGUCUCCAAGGGAAGCACGAAAAGUAACAAUCAACGAAUCGGACUGCUGUGUCUCUCAGGUUAUGACAGAAGAAUGGAGUUCCCGAAUCACAGCCGACAGUUGCUCCAGCGUCUGCAACAGCAGCGUUGCCAAGGAUUUCUUUGCGACAGCACCGUUGUUGUCGGAGAGGCAAAGUUCCGAGCACACAGGGCAGUGCUCGCCUCCUGCAGCAUAUACUUCCACCUCUUAUAUAAGGAGCAGACAGACAGACAGGACGUUGUGUAUCUGAACAGUGACAUAGUGACAGCCCCUGCGUUCAGCCUGUUGUUGGAGUUCAUGUACCAGGGAAAGCUGGAGACCCCAGGGCUGCUGGUGGAGGAUGUAAUGGCGGCUGCCAGUUAUCUUUACAUGUACGACAUUGUGACGGAGUGCACCGGCAAGCUGGACGCCAUGGAGCUGCUUUCACUGCAGAAGAAGGUCAAUGAAAGGAUUGCGCUGAGCGCCAAGGACAGGGGGAGUCCCGACACUGAGCUGCACCACAAGCGCAGGCCGCAGCAUCAGACGAGGACAUCCCUGAUGGUUGAAUCAGAAACCAACCAUAAGCAAGUCAGGCCAGCUGCUUUUGACCAUAAAGAGUCUGUACAGAGUACGCGGAAGGCAAACGGCCACAUCACCGGGUCAUUGGCCUUUAUGAGCCCGGCUUGUGAACUGGUGCCCAAGUCUCACCCCAGGGUUGGUGGGGAAAUGGGAGCUAUUGUUAGUGGCCAGACUGGCCACGCAACAUCACCAUCGCCGUGGACCCGGGUUGCGGGCGAUGAGGACAGAGCUUUGGAUUUGUCUUGCAAGCCUCCACCGGGCAAAGGUCCCUGGGGCCCCUCCCUUGCCCCUGUCCUGGGACAGCUGGGUAAGGGGCAACCGGACACGGUGCUUAAAAGUGCGCAUGGUCAGGGUGUGCAGUCAAAGCUGGUGGAUGGUGUGCUGCCGGACAGACAAAGACAGCAUCUCAGGACCAGCACCAGGAGCCCCGCCCAAACACCUGAGGUACGACAGCAGGAAUGGGAAAGGGAAGAAGGAAGGGAGGACGGGAAUGCGGACAGGGGCGAAGCACUGACAAAGGGAGGCGGAGCCCUGAUGGAGGGAAGCGAGGAAGAGGAGGAGGAGGAGGAGGAGAACGGCAACAUCUCUGCAUCCAGCGGGACGGCCCCCCCGCCGGGGAGGCGUCGCUCCUACCUGCAUGGGCUUUGCACCUGCCCCCUCUGCAGCCGCCCCUUUCCAAACCCCCGCCUUCUGCAGCUGCACCUGGAGACCCACUUCCAGGAGAGGGGCAGGGCGCCCGCCAAGCUGGCCCCCCUGGUGGGCGGGGUGGUCAAGCCCACCUGCCAGCAGUGCGGCAAGACCUUCUCCUGCCUGUACACCCUCAAGCGGCACGAGCGCACCCAUUCGGGCGAGAAGCCCUACACCUGCGCUCGCUGCGGCAAGGGUUUCCAGUACUCCCACAACCUGACUCGGCACGCCGUGGUCCACACCCGCCAGAAGCCUCACGCCUGCAGCUUGUGCGAGCGCCGCUUCACCCAGUCCGGCGACCUUUACCGCCACAUCCGUAAGUUCCACCAUGGGGUCACCGAGGUGCUUACUGGGUCCAUCUAAGACAGCGAUCCCCAAGUUGAGCAUACUGUGAACUAACCUCCCCUGGUUCCUUGGUUCUCAGCUGGUUGUUGAUAAUGAAGUGGAAAAAAAAAGCCACCACACCCUGCAGCUAUCCAUUACCAUAACCCCACGGUCCCUUGCUCUAAGUUCUUGUUUUCGUCAAGUCCUGGUGCAUGCUCUAGGGCAGGGGUGGCCAACCCAGGUCCUGGAGAGCCGCAGGGUCUGCUGGCUUUUGUUUUUACUCGGCACUUAAUUGA